GUUUACAUAUCUAUGUGACAAAAGAAGUUAAAAUUGGUAAUGUCAUUGUGUUGUGUCUAUGGUGUUACUUUCGUGAGUUGAUGAUUGAAGGAACGUAAAUUUUACAAAAAUAUAAAUGGCAUCUAUCAUGAAUCCUCGUUUUGAUUUGCCGGCUUUGCAUCACGCAGGCCCCACGCAAGCAGCGUUUAAUCCGUAUGCAGAUAAUGGAGGGAGCAUUGUGGCGAUUGCUGGUGAUGAUUUUGCGAUAAUAGCCUCGGACACCCGGCUGAGCAGUGGCUUCUCCGUGUACACCCGAGAGCAGUCGAAGCUGUUCAAGCUGUCGAGCACGACGGUGCUGGGCGCCACGGGCUGCUGGUGCGACACGCUGACGCUCACGCGGAUCCUCGAGGCUCGCUUGCAGAUGUACCUGCACGAGCACCAGAAAUGCAUGUCGACGGCCGCGGUGGCCCAGAUGCUGUCCACCAUGAUGUACUACAAGCGGUUUUUCCCGUACUACGUGUCCAACAUCCUGGCUGGGCUCGACGAUGAAGGCAAGGGCUGCAUCUACAGUUACGACCCUAUCGGACACUGCGAGCGGUCCAAGUUCCGAGCGGGGGGGUCCGCCGGCGCCUUGCUGCAGCCACUCUUGGAUAACCAGAUUGGCCUGAAGAACAUGGAGAAUGUUGAUGUGCAGCCAAUUAGCUUGGAGAAAGCCCUCGCAGUGCUGAAAGACGUUUUCAUAUCGGCAGCAGAGAGAGACAUUUACACCGGUGACGGCAUACUUAUAAAAAUUAUCGACAAGGAUGGUGUUCGAGAUGAGAAAUUCCCCCUCAGGCGUGAUUAAUUACCUUUCCCUUUAAGUGUUGGACACUGUGUGUGGACAGAGUAGUGCAUCUUUUAAAAACAAAUUGUUUGCAUGGUUAUUUUAACAAAGGAAAAUAAAUGGAAAAUAAUUGUUUAGCAAAAAAAUUAUUGAUAAAAGUUGUGUUAAAAUGAACAUCAUAAUUUUUGUAUGAACAACAUUAAUUGGUCAAGACUUUAAAUUUUUUGUUCAUUAUAAAACAGCUAUAAUUUUACAUGUCCAAAAUAUUGCAAAUUGUGAUGUAUGUGCUGGUCUUAUCAUAAAAUACGAAAUGUGAAAUUAUUAACAGCAGGUGUUUCAAACUGUUACAUUUUAAUUAAAAUAACCACAAAAAUACUUUAGUUUCUGCCAUAUAAGGUGAAGUCAUCUUUUCAGCAAUAAAAAUUGCAAAAUUAGUUUGUACCUUCUUUUAAGUUGUGAGACCUCUUGGCUUGAAUAUGGAUGUUGCACAACCCUGCUUAACCAUAAGCUGUCUAACAAAUUUGUGACGAAUGUGUGAGUGAAUAAAAUUAAAACAAAAAUAAUUUUUCUCACACUGAUAAAAAUCAAGGACUUAGCCGUGGUGAACAGGAAGGAAGCCCAGAGAUGGUGGAAGAUUUUUUUUAUGAUUCUUGCUGCAUCCUAGCAGAAGGUUGUGGGGCAUGAGUCAACAUCUGCAGGAAGAAAAUCGGGAAAUCUUGAAUUAGGUGUGAAUUUAUGAAAGCCAUCAAGAAUUAUCUGUUUGUCCAGCAAGUUAAAAAAGCUUGCUUGAAAACUGCAUGCUGUACCUACAAACUGCCUCUCUCAUGCCAUUUUUGAGUGCUUUUUAUAGCAUAGUUAAAAAACUUCAUGCUGUGCCUACAUGUCUCACUUAUGUAAAUUUUGACCUAAAGUUUACUACCUGAUCCUUAUCAGACGUGAUGAAUAACAAAGCAAGCCUCUUUUCUUUUAUUGUGCUUUUUUUUUUUUUUAACAUUUUCACUCACUGUUACUACUACAAAUGUAACAUAAUUCUAAAAAUAAUAUAUGAGUAAUAUGUGAUUUAGCAUUUAAAAACCCGAGGAACUAAUUGAUGGAAGACCCUUAAAUAGUUAUACACAGAAAUACUACUGUGUUGAUUGGUGUCAGGUGUCUUUGUAUAUGUUGUUGCAAGUACCUGCCAGAUUUCUGGUCAGUCAUGACUAAAAGAGACCAAGCCUAAACAGACACACUGAUAAGUUUUGACAGUAUGCUUGCAGUCUGGAACCACAAUCCACUUGUUUAUCAGAUGCCUUCCAAAUAAAAAAGUGCAUUUAACUCAGUUAACAUGAUUAAAGUGAAAAUUCUUUGGCAAUUCAAACCACGUAUACGGUAAGGGGUAAAACUGUAGGUAGAGAGAGAGAAAGAAGAAACUGUUCUAAAAAUAACACUACACUGGGUUAUUUGGGUUUCAUAACUUUUUUUUAAGUAUUUAAGAAAAUAAAUCUUUUUUUUUUUAUUAAAAUUAUGAUUUAAAUAAAAAUAAAUUAAUAAACAUGAAUUAUAAAAAUUAUUUAAAACUUAAAAAUAACUGCUCAGGAUAUAAAUUAUUGUUCAAUCAAUACUUACGGUUGAAAUUCACCAUAAAGAAACACUGUGCAUGUUACUGUUUCUUUAAACAAUCCUGCCAUUUGGAACACAUCAAAUCUCUGAAUGAGAUAUGAAAUUCAUAACAGGUAAUGCUAUCUAUGCUGGAAAUGCAGGGACUGUCUAAACAAUGAUGUCUGUGCUGUUGGUUGAAUAAGGAGGAACGUGAGUGUGCUGGUAGCAAAUAUAUUUUCACAGCAGACUAUGGGAUACCUGUAUGUAUUUUCUGAAACUAGUGUAUGUGCACACUAUUAUUUUUUCAUUCAUCUAGGUCAGUUAUUUUUUUUUUUUUUGCAGGGAUGAAUCUUUGCACAAAGAACAAAAAUGAGCCCAUACAAUGUAUAUGUUAUAGUGCUCUUUUUGUCUCUGGCCAAGUACCUAUUCCCUGUCUUUUUUAUGUUCUAAAUGUUUCACAACAGUGUUUAAUGAAAAUGUUGCAUUAAAAUUCGGUCCCCCAUUUGUCAGAAGGCUUAGUGUGAAAGAUAACACCCACAAACUUGAAACUGAAAAGUUUAAUUCAAGUGAUAUGCUUUGCUAUAAACCUACAGCUAUGUAUGAAAUUUGCUAUUAUAUAUUUGUUAAUGUUUACAUGUAAAAUGCCAUUUAAAACCUUUAUUAUAAUUUGAUUAUAAAUUUACAAAAUUGUAAUUUAUUUCAGUGUAGCAUUUUAUGCACAAAAUUUUAUUAGGUUUGAACAUUCACUGAGAAGGACAUUGAAAAAUAUUGAUAAAUCCGGGGGGGGGGGGGGGGGGGGGGGGGGGGGGGCUUGGAUUUUGUUACUGCCAAGAGUGGGCACCCUGGUGUGUAACUUGUUGACCCACAGCAUUAAAUUCCCAAGUUUCAGAAAACAUUGUCCGGCUGAUUACAAUAAAUACCAUAAAAAAUUUUUUUAACUAUAAGCAUCUUGUAUGGUUUAGUAUGUACUUUAUUGUGUUGAAUGUGAUCUGUAACAGUUGCCAGUUUUCCCUCCUGAAUCAAUGGUUGCAUGCCUGUACAGUGACAUCGGUAAUGACAAGUGCUAGCAUAUAACAGAUGCAUAAUUUAUGCAACCAUGGUGUUGUGGAAUGGUUCAUUGUUCACUGUAUUUCAGUAUUUCACCUGUAUUCUGGAACCUUUUGUUUGAUUCAGAUCGAACCACUAUCAGAAUCUUAUUUGCUGAGCAUGUAAAAAUGUUUGUAUGCUACUUCAGUGGCACAUUUAAGUGAACAGUGUGUCAUUUUGCCCCGGAUGUUUGCAAGAAGAGCACCAGAACAGGCUAGGGUGUGGCUCGGGGCAAUCCUGAGAGACGUGACUUGAUUAAUGAACACGUCUAUGGAAGGGGGCAGAUAAAAGGCCAACAUGAUGUUAACGUGCUUGUAGUUUUGAGACUGGUAAUAAACUAUUUGUAAUCGUUAAGGUUGCAGCAAUUGUCAACACCAGUGCUUCAGUGGAAAACAGGUGGAAGUUCUUGUGUCUAGGGAGCUGUAGUCAUGCCAUCAGUAGAUGAGCGGACCUUAUCAUGUCAAGAGCUUGUCUUAUUCUUGGAAAGGGGGGUACCUAAAGGAAUGGCCAGGCUAUUUAUGUUAAAGUGAAGCAGUUCGGAAAUGGUUAUCAUCCCAGUUUCUGCUGGCACAACAGCAGCAUUUUCUAUGCCUUGUGUGCACAGGAGUAAGAAAAUUAAUGUGUAAAUACGAAAUUCACGUCUCGAAAACUCUAUAGUGGUAACAAAUUUUAAGAUUUUUUGGCAGCAACUAGAGAUUAAAUAACAAAAUUAAUGUAAAUAUAGCAAACCAAAACUUAUAGUCAUAGUUUUGAACUAAAUUACCAAUUUGUUCAUUUGUGUCAAGGCUACAAUUGAUUGACAGUAAUAGAGUUGUGAACUUUGAUAAAUAUUGUCUACAAGUCCCAAAAUUAACGACAGCGACAAAACUGAAGGACUGGCAGAGGUCUUGAAACAAACUGUUACGGUGCUAAAAGUCACGAAACUUCAAUUUUCAGCAGUUGUUUGGUAACUUUUUUUAUGCUUCACUAUAGUUUCACAUAUUCAAUAUAAAUAUGUAAUUGGUGUAUAUCCAUUAAAUCAUGCUUUGUAGUAUUUAGAUGUCCAGUUAAGGCAAUUACAGUGUGUUAAUUUUUUUUAUAGAAACAAACAUGCAUAAGAAAUUUGUUUAUCUGUGUUUCAUACGAUAAAGCUGGUUCAUGUGGCAGCUGGUUGGCUGUCGACUGCAUAUGUUGCACAAUAAUUCUGAUGUUCUCUGUGCUGGUGGCACCGUUUUUUCAGUGGUGUGUGGGUAAUUUUUUUGGCAACAGUGGAAAGACUUUGCAAGGAAGGCAACAUUCAGCAACAGAACAAGUUAAUGUUGUGUUACCUUUCACGUCACCAUUAAAUAAUGUGAGAUGUAAACAAGAA